AUGGAAGAUUACUUAAAGGACAGUCCUUCUGAAUAUAGUAACGUGGCAGCAGAAACAGACACUCCUAAUUACAAAUAUAAUUUACCCAUGUCAUUUAAUUUUGACACUCUUCCAUCUCAAUCAGACAUGUCAUCUUCACGUCAACAACUGCAACAGCAGCAACAGUCACAACAACAGCAACCAAACCCUUCCAAUAACAAUGAAUUCCUGUUUAAUUUAAACAUUGCUGGUUUUACUAAUGACAACAACCAAGGAACCAACUCCAAUACCAAUACUAAUUCCGCAUUCAAUUCAAAUACUCAAUUGGCAAGUAAUGAAUAUUUGAGUCCUACAGGAUUCAAUUAUAAUGCCACUACAGGGUCAGAGUCGAACACUUAUCCUGGUUCCCCAGGAUCGUUCACAAAUGAACCAUUCUUGGAUGAUAUCGAUAAUGUUGCCUUUCUGCAAGCAGUUUUAGCACCACAACUUAACACCCAAUCUCAGCUUCAGCAACUGCAGCAGCCUCAACAGCAGCAACGUCAACAAAGUCUUUCACCUAACCCACCAUUAUCACCCCAUCAACAAUUCCUUAAUGUCAACAAUUCGGCUAAUCUAGACGAGCUUAUUUCCCCACCAAAUACCAGCGGAGGAGGAUUCGAUGUUACAAGUCCAUUCCUCAAUCCUCAAUACUUUUCCCCACCUACACGAGGCCAAAGUAGUUACAAUCCAUUGAAUGCAAUUGCCGAGAACCCAUUGGCAUCUCCUUAUAGCGAUGAUGUAUUCAGUCCGGAUCUUUCCCGAAAUGGUAGCAUAAGUGGACCACCUGGUGGUGGAUUCAACAAUGGUAGCAAUCAACUUGAUAUUACUGCUACUGGACAAUAUCUUUCCCCUCAAUUCAAUCCUGGGUAUGCGUCACCGCCAAUUUACGAACCAUAUUUGCAAUCGCCUCCUCCAUCUAAUUCUCAGUAUCCUAAUAGAAGUGGAACCAAUAGUGUGGCCAAUAUGAGCACAUCGAUACCGGCUAGGUCAGAAUGGCACCAUAAUGCCCUUUCACCUCCUCCACAAACUGCCAUUUUAAGUACAUCAGUUCCUGGUUCUGGUAAUUCGGGUAAUCGUGUCCCUAUUUCCAAGGAAGGUAUUCCUACCAAACAACUAUCCAAAGAAGAAAAGGCCAAGAGGAGAAGAGAAUUCCACAAUGCAGUAGAGAGAAGACGGCGUGAUUUGAUCAAAGAAAGAAUUAAAGAGUUGGGUGUCAUUGUUCCUCCUUCUUUACUAAACCCUCAAUUGAGUGCAGUUCAAGCGUUACAACGCAAGAGCUCAAUUGAUUCAAAUGAUUUGAAUGAUUUAAUAAGUUCAAUUAAAGUCAAGGAAACCAAACCUAACAAAUCCACAAUCUUGAAUAAAUCGGUUGAUUAUAUUAACCACUUGAAUUAUGUUUUACGUCAACAAGAAUUUGUGAGAGAGCAGUUGGUGAGUCAAAUUGAAGCAUUGGAAAAAACUUUAGGUGAAACGGAAUUUGGCAGUGGUAGCGGAUAUACAGAUACAAAUAAUCCUAACCAGCUGCCCCAGGCUUACUAUAUGGAAUCAUCUAAUAAUGGCAAUUCUGGAAAUCCAAACUUUUUGGGAAGUACAGACAUACCAAUUUAUAAUCCUGAUGAAUUCUUUUCCGAUAUACACAAUAACCAAUUCUAA